UUUCGAUAUUCGAUAAUUCUGUUGAGAAUCAUUUUAAUGCAAUGAAUUUGAUCUAUAAGAUUUGUGGUGAAAACAACAAAGAUGGUUUGGUUGAUUCUGAGAUUGAACGCGUAGCUUCUAGCAUUACUUUCUUGAGGAGGGAUGUGGUGGUGCAAACGGUGGUGGUGUAGAGGUAUAUAUCUGGAUGAGUUGAGUGUUAGUGGAGGGUGAUGAUUUUGUGAUGGGGGCAGUCUUGCAAGUUGCAGGGGUUCAUGCUCUCUAGAUGGCAUUUUCUUUGCAUCUCCCUUGGAGAGUCCGAUACAAUCAAGACGGAGUCACGGAGAUCCAGGAGGCAGGGAGGACCACCCCUAUGCCAAAUUUCAUCACAAAAGCUAGAAGUAGCCCAUGUAGCAAGACAAUGAGCUUUUUAUUAACAUACUCUAUAGCAAAAGGUAAUAAAAUUAAGUCAUAUUAAACAACAGUUUGGUGAAUAGCUGUUGAGUGGAUUCUUGAGGAAAAAGCUUUUUCUAUCAAUUAAAAUAGGAAGUCAAAAUAGCAGAGAGGGUGUAUGUUGGGAGUGGAGAUAUUUCAAUUACAAUCCAAGAACUAUUCGCUUUGUGUCUGAAACAGGACGUCCUAAUGGGACUGAAGCUCAUAAUGAGAUAACUUUACCUCAGUUCUCAGCUGUUAUGGUGCCAAAGUGUGGUAUGGAGGGGGAUGGUGCUCUGUUGCCUGAUUCCAGCAGGAAAGAUUUUGUAUUCUAUGUUGGUGGACUUGUUUGGUCACUGGAUUGGUGUCCUAGGACAGAUGAAGGAACAAACUCUGAUGCAAAAUGUGAGUUUAUUGCUGUUGCUGCCCAUCCUCCUGAUUCGACGUACCACAAGCUAGGAGCUCCUCUUAGUGGCCGAGGGAUGAUUCAGAUUUGGUGUCUGAUAAACUCUAUGACUGAGGAAGUUAUGCAAGCUCCUGUAGGGAUCAUAAAACGGAGAUAUCAAAGGAACAAGGUUGCAAAGAAGGAAGAGAAUAAACCUGUGAAGCCCAGAGGAAGACCUAGAAAGACUCCAGUGGAGAAAACUCCUGUCAUGCAUCCUGAAGAGCUAAUUUCUCAGGCUCUUGUUGUUCAGCCUGCAGAAGAUAUUUUAGGAGUCCCUCCUGCUGACGAAAUGAUGCUAAGUGCUCACACCUCCGAGGACAUAUCGUCUCCUGUCAAUAAAACGAAAGAAAAACACCAGAAUUAUGUUACAUCAAAGGAAGAAAAUAAAGAAAAGAAACCCAGAGGUAAAGAUAAAAAUAAAUCAAUAAAUAAAGCUUCAAUUGAAGAUUCCGAAGGCCAGUAUAUUCCGGCACUUGCUGUUCAGCUUCCUGAACAUACAUUAAGUGUGCCUCCUGUAGAUGAGAAUGUAGUUAGUCACCCUGCCCUGAAGAAAGCAAAACAAAGGAAAAGGAAGGCUGUGUAUAAUGAAAAGAUAACAAUGGAUGAAACUGGUAUUCAAAAUUUUGAAGGAUCGACCUUUAAAGUUCUUGCCAUUGAGUUUCCGGAAAGUAUGAAUAACUCUUCACCAGCAACUGACGACCUAGUUAAGACGUCAGGGUCGCUUGAACAAACAGACAAAAGGCAUACCAGUAAAAGAGUGCUUGCAACUGAUUUGGAAUGCACACUUGCAGUGUUAAGGAGAAGGUCGAGAAAGUCAAAAGCAUGUAAUAGCCUGGAUCCUGACAACAGUGGUUUACCAUCUGAAAAUAUGGGUGAGGGACCUUCCGUUGCAAGCCUAGGCGAAAAUUACUUGCAAAAAGACAACACGGUAUUAGAAGAAAAUGUUGUGCGUGACAGUUUUACAGAUCUGGGUUCUGGUGCUGGUCAUGUUCUAAAGGAUGAUGUUCUCCCUAGAGCUGUCUUGUGCCUGGGUCAUGAUGGAAAGGUUGCAUGGGAUGUGAAAUGGCGGCCCCUUAAUGCUGACGAAUCUUUUAACAAGCAUAGAUUGGGCUAUCUUGCUGUUGUUCUUGGCAAUGGAUCUGUGGAAGUGUGGGAGGUUCCUUCUCCUCAAGUAAUCAGUUGUAUAUAUGCAUCUCGACAUGCAAAGGGUACAGAUCCUCGCUUUGCAAAAUUGAAGCCGGUAUUCCGAUGCUCAAUACUGAAGAAUGGUGAUAGACAGAGUAUGCCUCUGACUGUGGAAUGGUCGGCUUCCCCUCCACACGAUUUGAUAUUGGCUGGAUGUCAUGAUGGAGUGGUUGCUUUGUGGAAGUUUUCUGCAGAUGUUCCAUCUGAAGAUGCCAGGCCUCUGCUAUGCUUUAGUGCAGAGACGGGUCCUAUCAGAUCCCUUACUUGGGCUUCUUAUGAAGGUGACCCUGAGAGUUCAAAUAUUAUUGUCACUGCUGGUCAUGGAGGGCUGAAAUUUUGGGACUUGCGUGAUCCGUUCCGGCCUUUGUGGGAUGCACAUCCUUCGCAGCGUCAUAUAUAUGGUCUUGAUUGGGUGCCUGAUCCGAGAUGUGUCCUUGUAUCCUAUGAUGACGGAACACUAAGGAUGGUUAGCUUAUCAAAAGCUGCGUAUGAUGUUCCAGUUACUGGACAGCCUUUUAGUGGGACUCAGCAACAAGGAUUGCACAGUUUUUGUUGCUCAUCAUUUGCCGUAUGGAGCAUUCAUGUGUCAAGACUAACAGGGAUGGUUGCAUAUUGCUGUGCAGAUGGAACUGUCCUCUACUUUCAGCUAACACACAAGGCAGUGGACAAAGACCCCUUAAGAUACCGAGCCCCACAUUUUCUCUGUGGCUCAUUCGCUAGUGAAGAACCAGCAGUCACAAUUAACACUCAACUACCAAGCUCUCCACACCGGAUGAAAAAGUCAGCAACCGAAUGGACAACUACACCUAGGCCAUCGCGAACUGUUGCAUCUGGCUUAAAUCAUGCUAAAAGGACUAGAAAAGGGACUGAAAAAAGCCAACAACCAGAUGAUCAGGCUCUUGCACUGUGUUACGGUGAAGAGUCUGGAAAUGGAGACACAAGAGAGGCUCAGACGAAUCCAAAAGGCGGACAAGAAAAAACAAGCAAAUCGAGAAAGGAAAAUCAAGAUCUAGCACUGGUACGCGCUGACGGAGAUGGGGACAAUGUGAAUGGGAAGCCUGAGGUUAAAGAGGAAGCAGGUAAGCAAGUGGAAGUUCCUCCUCCAAAGAUUGUCUCUAUGUACAAAGUCAGAUGGAAUAUGAACAAGGGAAGUGAGAGAUGGUUGUGCUAUGGUGGAGCAGCUGGAAUUGUGCGGUGUCAAGAGAUUGUUUCCCCUAAGUUUGAUAAUAAACUGUUAAGGAGGUGAACUCCUAGGUAAAUUAUUAUGUACCUAUAGAUAAUUUAGAUUAUAGUUAUCGUAGUGCUCUGAUCUUAAUCUUA